CGGCCGUGAUUGUCGGGCAAGAAGAAAAAAAAUUUAUUAGUAAUCCCAGCCGGGAAAAACUUGAUAAUUCUCCAUUAGAAUUAAUUGUCAGUGCUACGGAGGAAAAAAUUGCCAUGCUGGAGGCGGGAGCGCAGGAAAUAAGCGAAACAGAGUUAACCCAAGCCAUUACUUUCGCUCAUCAAGAAAUUAAAGUCUUAAUCGGCUUUUUUCAACAUAUCGCUAACAGUCUGGGAGUCAAAAAAGAGCCAAAAUUGGUUCAGUCAGAAAAAAAAACCAGCGAUCAAUGGCUAGAAGAAAAAGGGAAUUUUUACUUGGGAGAAGUCCUUUUGUCGCCCCAUCUCUCCUGGAUAAAAAAAGAAAAAAAAAUGAAAGAAGUUCGCCAGCAAUUAACCCAAGAGUAUUGUGCACAAAAUCCCCAAUUAGAAGAAGAGUUUGUGAAAGAUUUGGUGGAGGAAUUUUGA